AUGGAGAAACCAUGCAAGUCAAAGAAGAAAACAAUCUUCAAGUUGUUACCAAAAGCAGCUGCAGCUGCUGUUUUUAUAUUACAAAAUGCACAUGCACCUUUUAGUCCAAGUAGAGAACAGAGAUUAGCCACAGAUCAUCAUCAUAAAAAUCAUCAUUAUAAAGGAUAUGCUGGUCCCAUCAUAUCAGUAAUCCCAGCAGAUCAAUCCGGAAGAAAUAAAUCAGAACCAAGUUCACCAAAAGUUUCAUGCAUUGGCCAAAUCAAACGCAACAAGAAGAAGAUGUUGAAUUGCAGCAGCAGUAAAAAUCUGCAAAAAUAUCAUGUUAAGAAGAAAUCAGUGUCCAGUUUUGGAAAUAUAUUUGCUGGUAAAUCAUCAAAAUUACUUCCAGGGAGGAAAUCUGAUGUUUCAGCUGAUAAUAUUAUUGCUAAGCUUCCUGAUAGAGCACCUUGUUUGAGUCAAAUGAAAAGGUUUGCUAGUGGAAGGGAACCUUUGACCAACUUUGACUGGAGAUCAACACAAAUUACACCAGAAGAUCAUGAUCUUAAGUAUUAUACAGAUGAUGAAGACAGAGGAUACAGUGAGGAUGAAGAAGAUGAAUUAAACACUGGUUUUUCUGCUCCAAUAAUAUUAGGUAGAUGCAGAACAAAUAUUACUUUGGAGCCAAGGAAAGAAAUUAAUAUAUGGAAAAGGAGAACCAUGAAUCAACCUAGGCCUCUUCAAUUGAAUACCGUUGUUGGCUAA